CAAGCACAUUUGGCUCAACUCUCUUCGGUUCCGCUAACCCACUAGGAAAUUGUCUGAUUUAAGUAUAAACGUGCAGGAAGUUUCACAAUUCAGAUUAUCUAGUUGAGUUUCAAGCGGCGACAUGAGGUGAAGCACCAUUGCCGACAUUAAAAUUGAUAAAAGUGAACACAAGUAACGCUUGCCGACAUUAGCACAUUGUCCGGGUAACGUGUCUGAACGAGGGUGCGACUAUUAGCUGACAAGAACAAGCUGUCCUUGUUCGAUUUAACCAUGGACGCGGUGGUACGAUUCACGAACCAAAGCCAAGGAAGGGACCGAAUAUUCAGGGCAGUGCAAUACGCAUGUGCACUGUCUACAUACAUACUACGAAACCACUCGGAAAGAAAGGACCUUGUGGCGAAACUUCGAAGUCUGGAAAGCAACAUGAGCGCUGGACGUAAAUGUGAGUUUAACGUUACCUGUGACGUGUUGAGGCUGGGGAACACAGUAAACUCCGUUGCGGCUGCCAAGCGAACCCUGCAGCUCUCUGACAGAGUGCUGAGCCUGUGCCUCACUGCGGCCAACCUCAACCGCGCCCUCUACUUUCUCCUCGACAAUGUACUUUGGGCCAGAAGUGUGGGUCUUAUCCGUGAUAUCAACAAGGAACGCUGGAGCCUAAAUUCCUCCCGCUGCUACUUCCUCUCGCUGGUCAUGAGUCUGACCAGAGAUGUUUAUGUGGUCCUCCAGUUAAUGGCACAGAGGGCGAAAGAUAAACAAUUCAGACAGAAAAUGGAGGCGCAUCUCAGCGAGAGUUGUGAAGUGGCUGAAGCUGUCGUUCCUCACUUGGAUGCGUUUCUCUUUCUGCUGUUGGAGAGCCUAAAAUCGCAUCCCGCCGUUGCCUUGGACAUGCUGAAAAAUGCAUGUGACCUCUUCAUUCCCCUAGACAGGUUGGGUAUAUAUAAGUCCAAUCCAGGGGUGGUGGGCUUCUGUGGUUUGAUGUCCUCAGUUAUUGGGAUUGUAACCCUCUUGGAGCCCAAGUUAACACUUAAAUCAUGACAACAAGGGUGCAAUUACACCGUACUAACUGGAGAUUCAACAUUUAAUAACGGGUUACCUAGCAGUAUUGUUAAUUUUUCAUAAUUUAAGAUUCUAAGUAAAACCACUGUGCAUUCCUGUCUUUUCCAACACCAGCACUUUUGUAACCACUUUAGUAGCUUUUUUACACUUUUCUUUUCUUUGCUCUGUAAGAAGAGGCUGCUCAAAGUUUUACCUCAACAAAUAAUAGCAGGCAGCCAUUGUAGGAAAAAUACACGUUACCAAUAACACAAUCAAUGGCUCUGUUGUAUCCAAGUGUUUGUGCGAGAGUGACUGUGUGUCAGCCUGCACAAUACCAUGUCCCUGAAAUCCAAACUGUGACCAUGAAAUUGUGUGCAAGUUUACUAUGCAAGCAUAUGGUGAUCCUAAUUUAAUGAGCUAAAACACCCCUGAUAAUGUGAUUACAAAUACAUUCUUAAUAUAUUGCUGGAUGUUAUUUUUUUAAUCUCUGACACGGACAAAAUAAGUGCCACAACCAAUGAAAAACCUUUAACUUCUAUGGAAAAUAAUUUGUUUACGAUGUAACUGCAGGGAUGAAUGGGAAACC